AUGAAGGUGGAGAAGUACCGGAGCUUCCAAAACUGGUACCAAAUUCCCUUUGACGACAAGUGGCCAAAGAGAACUUGGCCGGAGAAGCGGGUGACCAAGGCACCGCGCUGGUGCACAGUCGACCUGCGCGAUGGCAAUCAGGCGUUGGUCAAUCCAAUGAACCACGAGAAAAAGCUGCGCCUCUUCCUGCAUUUGCUGAAGCUGGGCUACAAGGAGAUCGAGGUCGGCUUCCCUGCGGCCAGCCAGACCGACUUUGACUUCAUUCGCUACAUCAUUGAGGAGGGUUUGAUUCCCGACGAUGUCUGGAUUCAGGUUCUGACUCAGUGCCGUGAGCCUCUCAUCCUCCGAACGAUAGAAGGUGUGAAAGGGGCCAAAAACGUGGUGAUCCACGUCUACAACUCCACCUCUGAACUGCAACGGCGAGUUGUCUUCAAGAAGGGUCGGGAGGACAUCAAGCAGCUUGCUCUGGAAAGCGUUGGCCUUGUAAAGAAGCUGGUGGAUGAGCGCAUGAAGGGCAUGAACGUCCGUCUCGAGUACUCACCUGAAAGCUUCACCGGCACAGAGCUCGAUUUUGCGCUGGAUGUCUGCAAUGCCGUGGUGGACGUGUGGAAGCCCACGCCCGACAAGCAGGUCAUCCUCAACUUGCCCGGGACAGUAGAGAUGUGCACUCCAAAUGUCUAUGCCGACCAAAUUGAAUGGAUGUGCGCUCACAUCAAGCAGCGGGACUGCGUGUGUAUCAGUGUACACCCGCACAAUGAUCGUGGCACUGGAAUUGCCGCGGCCGAGCUGGCGCUGAUGGCAGGAGCUGACCGCGUUGAGGGCUGCUUGUUCGGAAACGGCGAACGCACGGGCAAUGUGUGCCUGGUUACGCUGGCUUUGAACAUGUUCACCCAAGGCAUUGACCCGGAGGUGAGCUAUGUCGAGCUGGAGGAGACCAUCAACGUGGCGGAGCACUGCACGGAGCUGAAGGUCCCAGAGCGAUACCCCUGGGCUGGAAGUUUGGUUUACACUGCCUUCUCUGGAUCGCAUCAGGAUGCCAUCAAGAAGGGCCUGGAGGCCAACAAGAAGCAUGAUGUCUGGGAAGUCCCUUACCUUCCAAUUGAUCCUCAGGACAUAGGCCGCCACUACGAAGCCAUCAUCCGAGUUAACAGCCAAAGCGGGAAGGGUGGUAUCGCCUACAUCUUGGAGCAGGAGUAUGGCAUUGCCUUGCCCAAGGACUGCCAGGCGGAAUUUGCCCAGGUGGUCCAGAAGAUUUCUGACAAGACCAGCAAGGAGAUCUCUGGCUUGCAGAUCUUCGACGCGUUCAAGCAGACAUACCUCGACCCUCAGGAGCCUGUGUCUCUCGUGGAUUAUGACCUAUCCACAUCUUCUGCCCAGAAGGAGGAUGAUGUGACGCUGAAGGCUCGAGUUCGGGCAGCCGGCAAGGAGCAUGAGAUUGUUGGCAAGGGCAACGGUCCGGUCUCUGCUUUCGUGACAGCUUUGAAUGAGUUCGUAUUUCGGCCAAAGGGCGUUGAAGUCCACCUGUCAGACUACCAUUCAGAAGCGCGAAGCCAAUGCAAGAAUGCGGAAGGUUCUGAAGCAGUUGCCUCGGUGAGAUGCCAAGCGGUGUCUUCGACAAGCGGGAGCCCUCAGGGCAAAUCCAGAUUUGGCGUCGGCCUGCACAGGAACACCAACACAGCUGUGUUGAAAGCCGUGAUCAGUGCGGUCAACUGCCUGAGCGCUGCUGGAGAUGCGAAGCUCUUCGCGUAG